AUGGCAAAUUCGUCGGACGGCACGAAGAAAAGGAAACCGCCGACCUUCCAGCACCUGCCCGUCGAUCGUGCGAAGAAGCUCAAACGCUCCUGGGUCGAGGUACAGAAAAUCAAGAGCCAGUGGAAGGCACAAAAACGCAAGGAAGGGCUUGUUACGGCUCGCACACAAUUGACGCAGCUGGUGGCGGACGCAGACACGGACAUGGACAGAGAGACGACGCGUCCCAGUCACAAUGAAAGCCGCGCAGAUGCGCUCGAGAAGGAUAGCGAAGAUGGCGUGUCUAUCUCGGAAAAUGCAGACGAGUCAAGCGAGGAAGAGGAGAGCGGAAGUGGAAGCGAGGGCGCGGAGGACGAGUCAGACGACGCUUCAUCUCCGCCUCCAGCAAGAAAACGGAAGGAAGCGUCUCCUCACAGCCAAGGGGAAGGGGCAACUCAGCUGACCGGGGUCAAGAUCGUGGACGGGGUAAUUCAGUUGGCCGAGGACAAGAUCGUGGACGAGGCCGGAGCAAUGACAGGGGAGCCUCGCACGGAGGUCGUGGCCGAGGACAACCUGAUAUGCGUUUGCGGAUGA